ACUACUUGUGCACUCCGCACACUACUUUUAUAUUAGUAUCGUAUUUUCUGCUUCUUUGAUACUAUGAACAAAGAAAGAUCAACAAAAGCCUAUAGUUCCUAAGGCAACAAGGAAAGAAGAAAAAGAAGAAUCAACCAAGCAACAAGAUAUGUGUUGCUGCUGCGGUGAGGAUUUUGAAUGCAGGCCUUUGGGCUUCCUGUUGGGCCUUCCCUUUGCUUUCCUCUCCCUCCUCAUUUCCCUCGUGGGUAUCAUUGUGUGGAUCAUCGGGUUGGUGUUGACUUGCAUAUGCCCGUGCUGCUUGUGCGUGACAAUAAUGGUUGAGUUUGCAUUGGCCUUGAUUAAGGCUCCCAUUCUGGUGAUGAAGUGGUUCACAUCCAAGAUCCCUUGUUAAAAUUUGUAGUAGCAGCUCCGAUAUGGAUUCAUUGUUUGUUUCCCUUUUGAGGCCAUGUUUGCACUUUGGUAUCAUGUAGUUGACAUUUAAAGGCCGUUGUAAUUCUUUUAAUUUUUUUGCCUGGUCCGUCUUGAUUACUAUAUAAUUUUUCUCUUUAUUCCCUUUC